CGUAGUCCUUCCCGAGCCGCAGUGUUUACAUACGUCGCUAAGGAAGGAGUCGGUGCCGCUUCUUCCGGAGAACAGAGACAAAGAGUCAAAAAGAAAGAAUAAACAAAGAAGAAGAAGGUGCCGCUUCGUGACGGUUCUCGCGGCGAAGCAUGAUCUCCCUGGCCAUUCCCGAGCUGGGGUCGUGGGAGGGCAAGAUCUUCGUGGGGAUCCUGGGCUUCUCGUGGGCCACCUACGUGUGGGAGGAAUACCUGGCGUACAGGCAGCGCCGCGUAUACAAAGAAAAUGUCAUUCCACCAAAAGAACUGAAGAACAUCAUGCAGAGAGAGACAUACGAUAAGGCAAGAGCAUACAGCUUGGACAAAAGCGAGUUUGGCUUUGUGGCAGGAGCUUUCAACCAGAUCGUGAGUACAGGCAUCAUGGUGUAUGGAGGGUUUCCUGCACUGUGGGCAGCAUCUGGCCAGUUUAUUCAGUGGCUUGGCUUCAGUCCUGAGGCUGAAAUCCCACAGACUGUGGCUUUUGUGUGCAUUGGUUCACUGCUGAACAGCAUCAUUUCCCUUCCCUGGUCUGCAUAUUACACUUUCAAAGUAGAACAGAAGCACGGUUUCAACAAACAGACUCCUGGAUUUUUCAUAAAGGAUAAACUCAAGAAAUUUGUUGUUUCCCAAGUGAUUGCCUCACCAGUUGUUGCUGGUCUUGUAUAUAUUAUUAAGGCUGGUGGAGAUUACUUCUUUGUCUACCUUUGGGGAUUCACAAUGGUUGUUGUGAUGUUCUUCAUGACAGUCUACCCUGACUACAUUGCGCCACUCUUUGACAAGUAUGAACCUCUGCCAGAGGGGGAGCUUAAGUCAAGGAUAGAACAGCUUGCAGCACAGAUUGAAUUCCCCCUCACAAAGUUAUAUGUUGUUGAAGGUUCUAAGAGAUCAGCCCACAGCAAUGCUUACUUCUACGGCUUCUUCAAGAAUAAGCGCAUUGUCUUAUAUGACACAUUGCUAGAAGAGUACACACCGCUGAAUGAAAAGGAGGGUGAGGAAGAAGAAAAAGAAGAGAAAGAAGCUGAAAACAAGGAAAAGAAAAAGACUGGUUGUAACACAGAUGAGGUGCUUGCUGUAUUGGGCCACGAGUUGGGUCACUGGAAACUCAACCAUGUAUUGAAGGGGAUCAUUAUUUCUCAGGUUAAUUUGCUACUGGUCUUCUCUGUGUUUGGAUCCAUGUACAAAUAUUCACCUUUGUACAAUGCCUUUGGGUUUCACAAUAGUCAGCCUGCUUUCAUUGGUCUCAUCAUUGUGAUGCAGUUCGUCUUUGCUCCAUACAAUGAGAUUUUACAGUUCCUGCUGACCAUGUUUAGCAGACACAACGAGUUCCAGGCUGAUGCCUUUGCCAAGGAGCUGAACCAUGCCACCAACCUGAUAUCAGCACUCAUCAAGCUGAACGAAGACAACCUUGGCUUCCCAGUGUAUGACCCCCUGUACUCAGCCUGGCACCUCUCUCACCCUCCAAUUCUUGAGAGGAUUCGGGCAUUGGAGGAAAAGAAGAAAGACUAAGCUUUCUUUUGCAUAGGUUGUAUUUUAAUUUUGAUGAAUGUAGUUUUUUUUCUUUCUUUCUUUCUUUCUUUCUUUCUUUCUUUCUUUCUCUCUCUUGUAAGAGAAUACAGUGGGUCUAUUUUUUCUAAUUGUAGCAUAAUAGUAAUUUGAUAUUCCUUUUAUAAAUAUAAGUGAAACUCAUAUGCACAAUGUUUGUUAUCACUUUUAAUGGCAAUGGUGUUUUGAAAGGAGACAAUAGGUAUGACAUGCAUUGUGAGCAUAGGAUAUUGGUUGUCUUGUUUUUUGUGAUAAUUUAUUUUUCAUAUUUACAUUCAAGUUUUUAAUUUCUUAAUAUAAGUUAUCUUCCAUGUACUUCUUUCAGGUAAGUUAUUGAAUGUGUUGAUGUAAAUUCAGAUAUUAAAUAAUUACGGAAGGGCCCUACUAUAUAUUUUAUAUGGUUUGAUGCUACAUAAUAGGAACUUAAUAAAAGAAAAUAUUUAAGGACAUUUCAGUUUAUUUGAAAUGUGAUUAUUGUCAAGAGGUGUAUUACUAUGGAAAUUAUUACCAUUAUUAUUGAUUUGUGUUUCAAAGUCGUAUGUGAAGAUGCUCAGACGAAUGUAAAAAAAAUACUUUUUACAUUUACAUGUUUAAACCACAAAUGUCUUUGAUGCUACCCCAAAUUCCAAACCACUAAGAUUAAUUUCAUACCAUUUCUGGAUGUUUUGAAGUCUGGUGAAAAAAUAUGGUCGAAUCAAAUUUUUAAGGGGAUAUUUCAGUUGUGUACAUCAGUUAUGUAGUGAGGAGAGGUAUUUGGCACCAGCACUCUCCCAUUAGGACUUGUAAUGAUUAAAGGCUAAAUUGAAAGAGUUAUUGAUUAUUUAUCAUGAAAAAUCUCAAGUAUUUUCAGCACCUGUCUAACAAAUCUAGUGGAAAUCUUUAUAUAAAGGCUUAACAUAAAGAAAAAUAAUACCCCUCACUGGGCAUUAAAACUCUUUACAUUACUAGUGGUGUACACUUUCACAAUCAUUGAUAAUAAGGGCUUAUAUAUUGUAUUGUUUUGAGGAAUUGUAAUACCAAGGUAGGACUUGUCAUUUUUUCUUACUGUGGGACUUUGCAGUUCCUUUAUUACACAUUCACUUUACAAAGAUGGAUAUAUAUUACAAAGAUGGAUUUAUAUUGUGUAUACAAAUGGACAUGGAUGUAAACAUCUUGUAUUACAGGAAAUAUGAAAUUGAAUCUAUUUCUCUUU